ACAAUAAUAUCCAUGAUGAUACAAAAAACAAUGUUGUCGAAAGAUUUUCGGAUGACAGCACCGUUAAAAGCUUUAAUGUUCAAACAUUUAUCACAAUUUUGUCUCAUAAAGGAUUAGAUCUUUUGCUCAAUGUAUUAAAUAAUGCUAUUACAUUACAUAAACGUUUUUCUGAAUCAAAACAAUUGUGCAUCCCAAGUAAAAGAUGUCGCAAUUGUUUAUAUCAUUGCCUUCAAAUUCUUUCAGCACGGGCUAUUUUAUAUACAAGUCAGAAUGAUGAUGCACAAAAAAGAUUAAUUGAAGAGGGUCCCCUAAAGGUUCUGAUUUCAUCCAUCGAUUCUACCAACGAUCCACAGUUAAUUUGUUUGACAUUACAAACAAUUGCAAACAUUUCUAUCAAUCCUAACAAUCAUCAACGUUUGAUUGAUGCCAACAUUGCCGAUACAUUAAUGCAGCUAAUAUUGCCAUCGGAUGAAUGGUUCUACACGAAUCACAGCACAAAGUAUGCUAAAUUUGUAAAACACCAAGCCGCUCGAAUAAUGGUCUACCUUGGUCUUGAAAAGAGAUUGCGAAACAAAGUUUAUUUAUUCGAUUUGAUGGAUGAUUUCAAUUGGCAUUCACCUUCAAACAAUUCAGCUGAAGACAGUUACAUAAUACAAACGUCGAUAGCCCCGAGCGUCGUUUUUUCCGAAACAUUUCCACAAAUUUUGAUAGGAUGUUCGGUGGAAAAUAUCGUCGUAGAUUUAAUCAAAAAAAUCGAAGAUAAAUUGAUCAAUGGAGAAGAUAGUCUUUGUAUAGAUCCAUUAAAUGACGAAACAAUGAAUUGUUUGAUGGAUGGAUUCCAGAACAAUACCAUGAAAGAUUCCUGUCCACCAGCUAUUCAAGUUGAUAUGCCUUCCGGUCUAAUCACUAAUCAUCAUACCACAAAUCAUCCUAAUUGUUUCUUUUACUUAUCCACAUUACCAAUGACUUUACCUCCGAUAAUCUUAUUAAGGGUACUUCAACAUCGAAUGUUUGGCGCUAUUUCUUAUUGGACAUGGCAAUCUCGUGCUAGCGUUGCCUCUUCGGCUGCCAGUUCAUAUGAAUGUUAUCGUUCCCGUGCCAAUUCGAAUGCUAGUAAUUGUAAUUUCCCUAAUCUCAAACAAAAUAUCGAUUGGCAUUGUUCCAAUUCUAGCCUAUCACCGAAUCGAAUCGAUUUAGAAAGACGAAUGUCAGCAAAAGGUCUUUCAGAAAAUUAUCGAUUAACUCCACAAAACUCUUUUCCAUUGGGAACAAAAAGUCCAAUGUCAGAUUGUCUGUCGACAGUAAGUCGUAAUAAUAGUCAAACAACAGCACAUAGGCUAUCUAUACAACGAUCGUCUAUACAACGGGCAUCAUUAGUCGAACAGCAACUACAAUCACAUGCCAAUGAAUUAGAUACACCGUUCAUUCAUCAACAUUCUCAUCAGUAUAAACAAUCCAAUAAAAAUCAGCAUACAUUUUCCAUUGAUGGAACUAAUCCCAAUCCAAAUAAUUCAAUUGAUAAUUCUGAUGCCGAAGAAGCAUAUAUAAUUUCCUUUCAACGCGAAUUACAAAAUUUACCCAAAUCUCCGGUGCUUAUUUGUGAAAAUUCAAAUCAAAAUUCUACCGUUAAUGAUUCGGUUACAAACAUCAUUAGAGAAACAUUCGAAAAUGUAGGUAAUCCAUUCAAACGACCGCGAUCAUGCAGUGUUCCAAGAAUAACAUUAGAAAAUUUUCCUACCGUUCUACUUCAUUUGCCUAAGAAUCCGAUUUUACAAACGCAACAACAACAACAACAACAACAGCAAGAGAAAAACCAGCCGCCAUGUUCAACAUCAUCAUUAUCGAGAAUGAAUGCAAAUUGUAAAAGUUCACAAACUGCUGCCAUCGAUAUUCGUUGUAAUAAUCAAAUAUUCAAUUUCAAUCAUACAAGCCCAAACUUAUCACCAUUAAAACAUUCGUUCAAAAAUCUUAGCGAAAGUCCCAAUUCAUGUGGAUGCAGUUCACAUCGUACGGCUUCGACCAGAACGGCUUCACGAUCCGGUUCCACUGGCCAGGUUAUUAAUGAAUGGAUUAUGCCCAACAUACAUAAAGCGAUAAUGAAGCUGAUUAUCGAUUGGAUCAAUAUUUGUCCAGACGAUUUUCACCAAUCUGCUUUUCGACGUGAAUUUAUUGAAUUUCUAAAUCGAGUCUCUGCUAUGGGUGAACAAUAUCGUUGGUUUUGUGAAGAGAUUCGCUAUCUAGCAAUUAUUAAUGAAUCGGAAACACUCACUGAGCCGCCAUCUAUAGAUGAACAAAUCAACAAAGAUUAUAAAAUGCUUCAAAAACUGAUUCUUAGUGGACAGUUGCCAUGUUCAAAAGAGGAAGCGGUCACGUUGGCCGUGAUACAAUUACGUAUUGAGGAAACAUCACCACCGUUAAACAAAACAACAGUGAUCGACAAUGAAUCAGAUCAUCAUACACAUCAUGAGAACAUUAUUGGACAAUCUUCAUCAUCAAUGUUGAAUACAUCGACAUCAUUAUUGGGAGAAAAAUUACGACCCAUCAGUGAAAAUGUAAAAGAAAAUCCUUUAACGCUUUCGGGUAAAUUUAUUCGUGUUACAUCUGCAACAUCAACGACUGGCAAAUCAGCAUCAAUUCCAGCAUCAUCAGCUAUGUCUUCAUCUUUUGAUGAAAAUGAUGAAGAAGAAAAUGAUCAAAAUGCCACUACUAAUAAGGCCAAUGAUCCGAUUUUCAAAUUCAACAAUAUGAAUCGCAUUCUUUAUAAUAAUAAUAAUAAUAAUAAUAAUAAUAAUAAUAACAGUAACAAUAUUCUACAAACAUUUUCAAAUAAGACAACAAACCGCAUAUUUAAAUGGAUGUCAAUCAAUUGGAAUGAUCGUGAUUAUGAUUUCAGUUCAAUCGAUGCUCGUCGAUAUUUGCCACCAAUCUAUCAAAGUAGUAAAAAUAUUGCCAAAACAAUACGAGAACAGAAGCGUAAAUUAUUCCAUACAUCCGUUUAUGAAAGUGAACAACAGUUGAAAAAACUUUACAUACAAACUUGUAAACGUUUGCCUGCAUAUGGUUGUCAAUUAUUCCAAGUGAAAGAACUGCUUCAUGGCCGUACGAAUAGACGUGCAACACGAUUACUUGGCAUUUGUUUGGAUCGUAUAGUACUACUUGAUUGUAAUACAUUACAAUUGGCUAAAACACAACCAACAAAUAAUCUACAGCAAUGGCGUACUGGUGGUGGCCGUUCGCAUGAUCGUUUAGUAUUGGAAUUUCGUGGUACACAAUGGUCGUUCAUCGCACCAUCACAUAAUAGUUUACGUGCUAUCGGCACCGUUUUAUGGGAAAUAUUACAAUGUGUUGAUUCAUCUUUUCUAGAUACAUUGAUAGCGAAUGAAUCACGGUAUGGUACCAAUAAUAAUAACAAUCCUUGUUGUAAAGAUAAUUCCAAAUUGAGCAAUAACAAUUCAAUGACUACAGACAAUAGUGUAGGUUCGAAUGGCAAAAUGAAAAGGCGUUUUCGCGAUGAACUAUUAGGUUUGGAAUCAAUUUUGCAUUUUCCUGAAGAAGUGGCCCUUUGUCUUGCUCAAGUUGAAUAUGAUUUAUUUUAUAAUAUUCAGCCAGUCCAUUAUAUUCGACAAGUCACAUUAGAUCUUAGCGCCCAAAUUUCUAGUACCGGUGAAGAUGAUUCACAAAACAAACAAUCAGUUGACAAUGACGGUAUGCCAACAGCCCUUACCGUUGAGGAUCUGAUUGAACGUUUUCAUGAGGUAUCUUCCUGGAUCACACAACUCAUAAUUUCACAACCAACACAUGAAAUGAGGAAAGCAUUUUUGUCAUGUAUAAUGAGAGUAGUACAAACAUGUUGGAAUAUGGGAAAUUUCAAUUCAGCCGUUGAAAUACUAGCCGGAUUAAAAUCAGAAAAAUUAAAACCCUUUUGGUUGUCUAUAGAACAAAAAGAUGAUCUUCACCUGUGCCAUAAAUUAUCAAAAAUUUUGCUUACGUUGAAUGAACCAUCCGAUGAAUAUAAAGAAGCCGUUAUAAAAGCAUUGGACAUUCCACAUUCACAAGUGAUUCCAUUCUUUGGAGCUUUUUUAUUUGAUCUAAAAAAUGUCCUUAAACGUUUACCAAGCCUGAUUGUUUUAUUAAAUGAACAUGCAAACAAUUAUCGGGAUUCAAUUGAAUCUAAUCAUCAUCAACCUAGAAUUGAAACAAUUUCCGAUUUUAAUGGCGAUAAUAAUUAUAUGUCACGCAUCGGUGUAGGAGGCAUCAUCAAUAUGGAAAAAAUGUACAAAGCUCAUCAAGUUAUGGACAAUCUGCGUACAUUUCAUAUACAUUCAAUUCGACGAAACCAAUUACUGACAACGAUAAAUCAAACGUCUAACAUUACAUCAAAUGAAUCAGCUAUGUUGGCAAUCAAUGCAAACGAAACACGAUACGACAAUAGAAACAGCCAAGAAGAAACAUCAUCUUGUAACAUUAAAUCUAAUGCAAUGAUUGAAAGAAAUAAUUCUGCCGACUUGAAUGCUCCAAAAUCGUUAAUUAAAAAAGAAAAUGAUGACCUUUAUUUGAUUGAUAUGAAUUCUUUUAUUCCCAUACAAUCGAUGCGUCGAUCACACGGAAUUAGUUUUAUACCAUUUGAUCAUCAUAUGAUCGACUAUCAUGUAUUACAGGUAAUGCAUCAUGGUACAACAAUUAUUCAUUAUGAAGAAGAUGGUGGCCGUUCAUCCAUGGUCUACAUUAAACUAGAACAAAGCAAUUCAAUGAUUGUAUGGUGCAAGCCUUUUUGGAGCACCUCUUUCAGGUCAAGUGGUAAUACACCUCAAGAUUAUCAGCUAUCAUAUGACAUUGAAGAUUUUAUUCUACCUGGUAUAUCAUUGAAAUAUGAAACUAAAGAACCAGCAUUAAUUGGUCUUGAAGAAGGAUUCUUGGAUUUAAUGUACCUGAAAGAUGUAUUCAUAAGUACAGCUAGUGUUGAUUUAUCAAUGAUUGGAAGACGUCAUGGUUUAAUGGAUUCAAUAUUUGCUGAUCCUAAUAACAAUUAUAGUAUUAAAUUGUUAUUUGGUCAGAAUUUGAGUGAUAAUCGAACGACCGAAUUUAUAGCACCAAAAAUGACAUUAUCAAUAUGGGCAGAAGGUUUAAAAAGUAUUUUGAAAUUAUUACAAAAUCAAAAAAAAUUAACUGAUCAAAGAAUUUCAUGGUUGAAAGAAAAAUAUCUUCAAGCCUAUUAUGAAGAAUCUGUUUGCAAAGGACCAACACCCGCUGAAGCAAUACGAGUGUUUGGCGGACGUAAAUGGACAGUAGAUACAAUGGGAUCUAGCUAUCAAUCGUUGCAAACAGAUUCGUCAAUAAAUAAAUUCAACAAUAUUAAUAAAAAUCGAAAGAAAAAGACAGGAACAAGUUUCUCUGUAAAUCGUGAAUUUAGCAAUCGAUCACAAUUGUCUAUAAAUUCAUCACCGGAUACUUUUCUGAAUCAUUGCCGCAGUGAUCAUUCGACACCAACACACAAUUUUAGAUCUUCCAAUUUGUCGACACAAAUUCAUGCCGAAUCUGAUCAAAAUGUGAACAAUUCACAAAGUAGUUUUGAAGAUAAUUUUAUCGUUUCUGAUACAAUUCAUAUAAGAAGUAAUACAUUGGCCGGUGGUAAUUAUCAUCGUUCACAAAUUCAAACAACACAGCUCACAUCACAAUAUCAGGAAAAAUAUUGUAAACGUAACAUUUCAACAUUUUUGGAUUCAUUUGGUGCAUCACUCAAAGUGCCACAAAAAUCUCGUACCACAUCAACCAAUUCGAAUGUCGAAUGCCGUUCAGUUAUCACUCAUUCAGCCAAUUUGUCUUUUUUCGAAUAUUCUGAACUAUUUCGAUCAUUCUAUAUUUGUAUUCGUCGUGACAUCAAAGAUAUAUUCGAACAAAUUGCAACAAAAAGCGAUGUUUAUGCAAUCAGAGAAAUCAAAAGUAAUCCAUCAAGAAAAGAAUCUUUAGCUAAAAAUAGCAAGGAGAUUUCAUCAAAUACUACUACUAAUAAUAAUAAUAACGACAAAAGAAAAUUUAUCGGCCUUUUGACACGUAAUAGUUCCAUACAUCUGACAAACGACUAUAAUAAGAAUCGUAUUUUUGAUGCAAUUUCGGCUGCCAGUAUUGUGACUAACAGUGCUGGAAUCGAUUCAUUGAAUACAUCAAUUUUAACUGCUGAUGAUUUUCAUUCAUUUAUAACUACUUAUCAAUGUGAAUCAUACACAAUGGAUGAUGUUAUAAAAUUGAUAGAAAUGCAUGAGCCUAAUACAUCAUUACGUACAAGACAUUGUUUUUCAUUUGAAGGAUUUGCUUGCUAUCUUAUGGAUAAAGAUAAUUUUGCAUAUACACCAGAAUUAAUUCAAACUGAUGAAGAAGAUAUGAACUAUCCUUUGUCACAUUAUUAUUGUGCAACUAGUCAUAAUACCUAUCUAACUGGCCAUCAAUUAAAAGGAGAAUCUUCUGUUGAACUAUACAGUCAAGUUCUAUUAACAGGUUGUCGUUGUGUCGAAUUAGAUUGUUGGGAUGGUGAUGACGGAAUGCCAGUAAUAUAUCAUGGCCAUACAUUGACAUCUAAAAUACCAUUCAAAAAAGUUGUCGAAACAAUCAAUGAGAAAGCUUUUGUAGCAUCUCCAUAUCCAGUGAUACUUUCGGUUGAGAAUCAUUGUUCAUUACAGCAACAAGCUAGAAUGGCACAAAUAUUCGUGCUUGUUUUUGGUGAGAAAUUAGUGACCAGAUUUUUAUUUGAAAGCGAUUAUGCUGAUGAUCCUCGUUUACCAUCACCGAAUCAAUUAAAAUAUAGAAUUUUGAUUAAGAAUAAAAAAUUACGAGCUCCAUUGUUACACUUAGCGAAUCAACGAAUGCGAGUGAGUUUAGUGCAUAGUAAAUCGAUCAAUGAUCGAGCCAAUAGUUUGGUAAGCAAUACAAGCACCGGUUCAUUCAAUGAUGAUGAUGAUGAUGAAUAUGAUGAUGAAGAUGAUGAUGAAGAUGUGGAAGAAUUGUUACCAAUGUCUCUCUCGACAAGCAUCGGAACAUCACCGGAAAAAAGAACCGGAUUAAGUGAAAAAGACACUCCAAGAAUUCAACGACAAAUUAGAUCAAUUCGAUCUGAAUCUUCAUAUCCUGAAUGUGAUAACAAUAUAUUUAAUUCUCCAUUGCACAAUAAAUCAGCUCGUAAAUCGAGUAGUCAAAUAGCACCUGAACUUUCAGAUUUGGUCAUUUAUUGUCAAGCAAUAAAAUUUCACAGUCUUCGUUCGGGAAAUAAUGCUUCGAUAAGUGUUAGCCCCACAAAUUCAGUAAUGGCAACGCCGGUAUGUAAAAAAAUUACAUCACGUAAACUGAUGUCUACAAAUACAAUGAGCACUAGUAUUCAAUCAAAUCAAAAUCUUUUAUCAGUAACGGAUUCGAUCAAAUUAAAAGAUGAAUCCUCCCGAGAACUGAAUAAUUUGUCACCAAUUUAUCAAGUUGCCAAUACAAACCAAGGGCUGAAUAAACGACCAAAUUCAACAGCACCUUGCUAUCAAGUGGCCUCAAUCAACGAAAAUACUGCGAAAAAAUUAUGUCGAAAAAAUCCCUUGACUGUUAUAGCACAUACUGAAAGUCAGAUUAUGAGAACAUAUCCGACCGGAAUGCGAAUCGAUUCUUCCAAUUUUAAUCCCGUUAUAUUCUGGGCAUUUGGCAUACAAAAUGUAGCGCUUAAUUAUCAGACAGUCGACACGGCUCUUCAGAUAUAUUCUGCAAUGUUUGAACAAAAUGGUGGAUGUGGAUAUGUAUUGAAAUCGAGAGUGAUGCGAGAUAAAUACCAUAUGAUGUAUGGACGAUUUAAUCCCUGGGACAAAGAAUUUGAUGGUUUACAUACAAUCAAUUUAACAAUAACAAUAAUAUCUGGUCAAUAUGUUUGUCCGAAUACAAACACUGGUAGUCCACAGGUUGAAGUAGAAACCAUAGGAAUUCCGGUUGAUUGCAAUAGGCAACGAACUAAAAUUGUGCAACGUAAUUCUCUAAAUCCUAUUUGGAAUGAUACUUUUCGAUUUCGGAUAAAAUUUGUUGAUCUAGUUUUUCUACGUAUAACUGUAACUGAUGUAACAUUGAAUCAGAUGGUGGCUCAAAUUACAUUACCAGUGAAAUGUCUACGUCAAGGCUAUCGACAUUUGCGAUUAAGAAGUAUUUUAAAUCAAAAUCAACCAUUAUCUACAUUGUUCAUCUAUUCAAAUUAUGAGGAAGAAGGCCUUGAUAUUCAAUCCGAUACAUCGACUGAUCAAUUACAAAUGUCUAAGAAUAAUAAGUUAUCAAGAAUUGAUUUGAAUAAAUUGGAUUUGACCAAAAUCGAGCCAAUCAUCACAUCAUCGGUGAAACGGCGCAUGUUUUUCCUAGUCGUUCAUGGUGUGAUACCUGAAGAAUCAUCAACCAUUUUAAAAAUAACACAAGAUAGUACUGUUAAUGAUGUUAUCGCUCAAGCAUUGUACAAAGCGAAUAAACCAAAUGAAAGUGUCAAUGAUUAUGUCCUGCUCGAAGAAGUGAACAAAGGUUGGGAAAAAAAUCGUCCAAGUGAUAGAAGCGCAUUAACGCAACGAAUUCUCGAUCCAAAUGAAAGGCCAUUAGAGGCUCAGAAUAAUUGGAAAGGUGAUGGAAAAUUUAUUCUGAAGAGAUUAGCCGAUGAUCCAAGCACUAGAGCAUGGAUGACAACGAUUCGAUCGGCUUCAGCGCAUAAAGAAUAUACCAAUUCUUCUGAAAAGGAAAUUUCAGGUGAAUGGGAAGAAAAUAAACGAGAUGAAAAUGAAACAUUUUUAGUUUGCAUCUAUAAUGUAAGCAAAGAUCAACCUUAUACGAUAUUGAAAUCAUUGGUGACCAGUACAGCACAGAAUAUUAUUACGCAAGCAUUACAUAAAGCACAUCGAAGUGAAGAUUCUAAAAAAUUUGUUCUUGUUGAAGAGAUUGAAAAUUUCAUUGAUACUCAACUGAACGAACCAAAAUUGAAUAAAAAUUGUAUAAGCUAUCGACGUGUAUUGGAAGAUGAUGAGAAUAUUUAUAAUGUACAAACACAAUGGAAAAAUAAGGGAAAAUUUGAAUUGAAAUAUCGUUCAGACAUAACGGCUAAUGAUAAUACUGUAGCGAAAAUGCCAUUAACUCGUCAAAGUGCCCGUUAUUCAAUACAAUUGAAUACACGGGAUUCAUUACGAAAAUUAUCACGAAUGCAUCGAACAUAUUCAAAGCAUUUUCAUCGAAAAGAAUCGGAUGAUUCAUUACAACGAUCAACAAAUCAAUCAAAUCAAGAAAAGCCGGUAACAAAUCCAAAUAUUAUCACUAUGAACAAUCAAUCCAGACAAGUACAUAGCGAUGGUGAAUUAUCAUCGGAUAUCGAUGAACGAACUGGAAGUAGUACUAUGAAUGAAACAAAUAUGAGUUCAUUUAGUCGGCUGAAAAGACUUUCAAUGAAACGAUUAAAAAAGCUUGGCAAUGUCAGUAAAUAACAUCUAUAUCUUCUAUCAACGAUAUAUAUCAUAUAUCAACGAUAAAAUAAAUUGUUUUAAUAAUAA